ACUAACGGGUAUUUCUUUUAUAUUGAGUAAGCCACUUUACUCGUUUUUGCGAUCACAAAUUCUGAAAUUGCAACAACAAGCAACGAGACAAGCAACAAAAUUUAAAUAAAAAAACAUAUUUGUGAUCUAAUCUAACGUUGGCGUCUACAGAGGGCAGCGCAGAGGGUCAAUGUGAAUGCGACAAGCUGUGUCUGUGUGUCUUAUUUAUUAGUAUUUGUGUCAGAGUCAGUGAUGUGGCAAAUUUGCAAAUGUGUGAGAUAUUUUCUUGAUUGUUCACAGCUCCAAUUACAAUUCGCAGCCUCAACUAACAAAUAGCGAUCAAAGCAGCAGACAACGCAUCUAAUUAGGCCAAAAACCUUUAGCUUUGAUGUAGCGAGAGCUAAAUCGAAUUUGCUGUUUGUGGAAAAUGUCAAAAGCUAACGGUAACAGCUUGCCCUAUUACCAGGGCACACACUGAGAGAGCCAGAGCUAGCUACUUGAUAUGUAAAUGGAAAUUUUUCCGUUUGGUAAAAUAUGCGAAACAAAAUAGUGAACAUGAGCACGAAAUUGUUCGUCUGUGUGUGUGUGUGUGAGCCAAGUUAACAAUUUGUAACGCGUGUAGUUUCGCCCAUAAUAGCUAACGGCAUUUUGCGGCAUGUGUGUGUGUGUGUGUGUGUGCGUGGGCCAAAGCUAUAACUUGACAAUUUACAGUGGCAAUUUGUAUAAAAAAUAUCACAUUUGCUUUAAUGCAUUUCACAUUGGAAGUUCAAAUUGUUCUCAAGCAUUUGUACAAAGCACAAGACCACAAAGCCACAAACUGCUAUUGGACAUAAAUAUUCAUGACCUACUAUAGACUGCUCUAAUCUCAGCUAACUUUUUGGCAAACUGUCAGCAUUUAUAUUGAUUUUUGACAAGUCAAGCAGCAGCUGUGGACUGGUGAGUUUUAAAGCAGUCAUAAACAUGCUUAAUUAAAUGCACUUUAUAUUAAAUGUAACUUCAUUUGCAUAUUUAAUUGUAUAAUAUUUAAGCACACACUACGUUGCGUAUGCUUAAUUUUAUUUGCAUUUCGCAACAUAUUUCUUUUUGGGUACGCCCUUAGUUUAAUUAAACAAACAUGCGCCAAAAGUUUCAUGUAACACAGUUUUUUGCUUCUCUCUGCUUUAUUGCUACGAGUUUCAACUUGCAGUGCGCAAAAGUUUUGCUGUCCUUGGAGUGCUUAAAGUACGAGAGCGGCUACAUUUGAAUAAAAUAUUGUGCAUAGAUUGUUUAGUGUAAAUGCGUACAAUGUUAAAUACCAAAAGCUGCUUACACAAUUGAAAUUUAUUCAUGCUGCAAGCAGCAAAGCUGCUUAAAGUUAAAGUUCAAUUUUCGUUGCGGCUAAUUGGCAAUGAAGUCAAAGUCCUGCGGUGUGCUGCUUAGCAAUAGGCCAGCUGCUUAAAAGCAUUCAUUUAUGUUAAAUCAAACAUAAGGCUUACGUAACUUGGCUUUAAGUCUAUUGAGGGCACGCUAAUAGUUAUGGCGCGUUUAAAAAUUAAACACACAGCGACGACUUUUGUAUAAUUAACAGCAAACGACACUCGCGAGAGCAACAUAAAACAAUUCUUGGCCAUUACAAGCAGCUUGGGGGCGCUUGCCAUACAUAUAUUAUAUAUAUAUAUAUAUUUGUGGCUGACACUAAACUUUGACAAAUGUUAGACAGUUUACAAUUUGGCAAAUUGACAACCAUUUGGCUAAAUUUCAAUCAAAAACUUUAAUUUGCAAUUGUUACGAGUGCAGCUUGUGGCCAAUAUAGAAAAUUGUGUGUAGCCAAAAACAAUUGAUGCUGGGUUAACUAUAACUGACAUUUAUAAUAUUAAUUAUUUAAUUUAAAUAAAUAUAAGCUGCAGCUGCAUUAGCCGUCAGACAAAUGCAUAACAAAUGUUUGCAUUCUAUGCCUUUUAAAUUAACUCGAUAGUAUAUCUUGGAAUUUGAAUGCCUAGAGCAUGAAAUGAAUGCAUUUGGCAUAUCAAUUAUACAUAUAUAUAUAUAAGAGCGAAGAACUACUGGAUUAUAACUUUAACAUAGGCAUAGAGUCUGCAGCCCUGCGUAGCUGUUACAAUUCAUUUUUUGUCGCAAGCGACAAGCUGCUGUAAACUGCUUUAAUAAUUGUUAUAUAAUGGCGCUUAUUGAACAAUACGAAAACAUUGGCAAGCGUUUUGUUCAGCAAUAUUAUUCCAUUUUCGAGAUUAACGUGGUAAACUUCUACCGCUGAGCUGACUCGUUCAUGACCUUCGAAGGACACCAAUUCCAAGGCGCAUCGAAGAUACUUGACAAAGUGCAGAGCUUGAGUUUCACCUGCGAUGGCGUUGUGCUCAUCAAUGUGCUUGGACAUCUACAAUGCGAUGAGGAUCCAGCACACGCCUACUCUUAAAUCUUUGUAGCUCAUGACAACUUUCGGCUGAAUAUACACGACACGGCAUAAACAACAAGAACAACAAGCGAACUGCACACUAUUUUCUUAUAAUAAUCGACAUAUAAAUCUAUAACAUACAAAUAAAAAUAAAGUUAAACAGCCUCAAGCGAAAUAUAUUACCUUAUAA